CUUCCAAAUCUCACCCAGGCAGAACUCGCUCCUCCCCUCAACUCCAAGUCACGAAAGCGCUAUGUUACGGCAAUCGGUAGUAGCUGUCGUAGCAGCCGUCGCGCUCCUGGGAGCAAGAAACAGAUCGGCGGAAGGAUUUCGACAUGUGGGUGUCGCGCGGAGCGGUCGUGCCCGACCAGAUCGGUGUCAGAGCGUGGGUAAGCUCUCGGCUAGUCCAAUGGAGAAGUUCAUGAGUGGUUUGGAGAAGAUGAUGACCGGUCCGCAGCUCGAAGGGAGCAUGGACACCCCGCAGGAGCAAGAGCAGCAGGAAGAGCCCCAAGACAUGAGUGCCUUCCGAGAGAGCCUGAUCAGGCAGAGCAGGAAAGACAGCUUGAAGAAGAAGGAAGAGUUCACGGGUUACGACAUGUACGACUUGAUCGUCGACAAGUUCGACGUACCAUACGACGUUCAAAUCAACAAAACAGUGUGGAUGGGCAAACCUGUCUUGUGUUUCAACAUCAUGUGGAAGCAUCUGGGACAGAGCAGCUUUCCGCUCAGCGAGCAGGAAUACUUGGAGCACCUGCAGGCACUCGCUGAGCUUCUGAUGGAGUGGGAUCGCGUGGAUCAGUUCAAGAGAUCACUCGCCGAUACCAAGAAGCGACCGCAAUCGUAUUUCGGCUACGCCGUCGCGCUCCCACUCGAUCUCGAUCCUGACACGAUGGUCGACUACUUCGACGACUCUUACUUUUAACUUUUGGCUGGGAAAACACCGGGACGCGUUCGAACCACGGCGUUAUUGAUGUAUCUUGCUUGGUUGGGAGGCGUACGAGGGCAUUUUACGGUAUAUACGAUUGUGUGUUGCUGGGCGUUAGUGGCAUAUGCAGUGCCGAAGGUUUGCCGCAAUGCUUGUUUGUUGUCGUGUGGCGCGUGAUUAACCGUUGGUUGGAGAGAGGUCGUUGUAUCAACUCGCCGAGGAAAAGAAUUGUAGAAAAUCGUAACUCAUUUGGACGUUCGGGUGGCGAACCAGAAGGUGCGGGGCCACACCUUCAGGCUUAAAACCGUAUGUAUAUGCCGGGAGAAAGGGUUAUUUUGCGGGAGGCACGACGUGUGACUAGAGAAGCAGAGAUGCAGUGACGUUCAUAUCAACGUUGCAGGAAAGGGAGAACAGGAUUUUUUUAUGGACUUC